CCAUCGCCGGCUACCUCCACCCCUCACUGACGCGAAACAUGGCCGCGCCCACGUGCGCCCGGUGAGGUCGGUAGAGGAGUUAUUGCCGCUGCUGUGUUUGCUGAGAUCUCUCUCUUGUUUAUUUAGACGCCGUACGCGUGCAGCGUGUGUAUGUGUUCGAAACGUGUGCACUCGUUGAAGUGCACAAAGCCGCUGGCAGUGGUGGCACACACACCGUCGCCUCGGUGGCGAAUGACGGCUGAAGUUUAAAACUUGUUUUGUAGUUGUGUGGGGUGGUUUGUUUUAUUGUUAACGUACCAGAGACUGAAAGUUUAGUGCGUGAGGUUGUUGGACUGGGUCCCAAUAGGCUUGGAAGCACAUCAUUGGAGCACUUGAAGGGGUCACUGAAACCAGGGUAGUGUCACUCUAUUACUGUCCUGCCAAUGUCAUCGGUAAAGGUUUAAUUGGGCUCCAGCGGACGCGAUGUACCUUUUGACAGCAACUUUGCGCUCGAGCGUCUCCACCCUUCGCGGGGCCGCACAGCUGAGAGCCCGAGGAGGCGCUGUCGCUCACAGAUGGCCUCUGAGCUCCUCUGCCUUAGGCAAGAAUGGCACGUUGGACAGUGCCAUACGCACCUGGAGCCGAUUGGUGGGGACAAGUGUGGCCAGAGUGGGCAGAGCUGCCGGGCGCUCUGCCGUAUCAUCUUCCUAUCGGGCCGUGUUUUUCACUGGGAGUGCUUCGCUUGUAGUGGGGCUGAGACUAUGUGGUAGCAAAGUUCACUGUGAUGUGGACAUUAACAAUAACAAGAGCAACAUACAUGUCAAGAACAACAGCGAGCCAUCCUUCAAGUGGAAACUCUUCUGGAAGUUCUUGAAUAAGGAGAUACUGGCAUUGGCUUUAGCUGUUGUGCUGGCAUUUGGUGCUGCCAUUUUGAACAUUAAGAUCCCCAUGCUGCUGGGGGAGCUGGUGAACGUGGUGUCUCGUUACGUGCAAGAGCAAGCAGGGGACUACCUCGCAGACAUGAGGGUGCCAGCCACUCGCCUUUUGGUCAUGUACGGCUUCCAGGGAGCACUGACCUUUGGAUACAUUGCAUUGCUCUCCCAAGUUGGUGAGAGGAUUGCAGCCUCUAUGAGGAAAAGCCUAUUUGAGGCACUUAUCAGGCAGGACGUGGCAUUUUUCGAUGCUAACCGGACAGGCCACCUAGUAAACCGACUGACCUCGGAUGUCCAAGAGUUUAAGUCAUCCUUCAAACUUGUCAUUUCCCAAGGUCUCCGCAGUGUGACGCAGACUGUUGGCUGUGUGGCCUCAUUGUAUCUGAUAUCCCCCAAGCUCACGGGCUUGAUGGUGGUGGUGAUGACAGCCAUGGUUGGUGGUGGAGCUUUAAUUGGUUCAUUCCUGCGUAAACUCUCCAGGCGAGCACAAGAACAGAUUUCCCAGGCAACUGGAGUAGCAGAUGAAACCUUGGGCAAUGUGCGGACUGUGAGAGCCUUUGCUAUGGAAGAUAGCAAGUCUGAGCAGUAUGCAGUUGAAGUGGAUAAAUCGUGCAAAAUGAAUGAGAAUUUAGGGAUUGGAAUAGCAAUAUUUCAAGGCCUCUCCAAUAUUGUUCUUAAUUGCAUUGUACUGGGCACCAUUUUUGUUGGUGGCUCACUCAUGGCUGGAGAGGAGCUCUCUGCUGGAGAACUCAUGUCGUUUUUGGUUGCUUCCCAGACUGUGCAACGGUCAAUGGCUAGCGUAUCCAUUCUCUUUGGACAGAUGGUGCGGGGGCUCAGCGCAGGCGCUCGUUUGUUUGAGUACAUGGAGCUGGAGCCCUCCAUCCCAGUCCGAGGUGGCGGCAUCAUUCCCCACCACUCCCUCCUCGGUCACGUGCGCUUCAACAACGUCACGUUCAGCUACCCAACACGGCCAGGGCAGGUGGUCCUGCGCAAUUUCAACCUGAACCUUCCUCCCUCCCAGACUAUUGCCAUUGUGGGGUUGUCUGGAGGAGGAAAGUCGACAGUCGCGGCGCUUCUGGAGCGGUUUUACGACCCAGCGAGUGGUUCGAUCACGCUGGACGGGAAGGACCUUCGCACUCUGGACCCCUCCUGGUUACGGGGCCGAGUUAUCGGCUUCAUCAACCAAGAGCCUGUGCUGUUCGGCACGACCAUCAUUGAGAACAUUCGCUUUGGGAAGCCCGGAGCCACAGACGAUGAGGUUUAUGCUGCAGCUCGGCUCGCGAAUGCCGACGAUUUCAUCAGGAGCUUCCCUGAUGGAUACAACACUGUUGUUGGCGAGCGCGGCGCCACGCUCUCGGGCGGGCAGAAGCAGCGGGUGGCGAUCGCGCGCGCGCUCAUCAAGCAGCCCGCGGUGCUGGUGCUAGACGAGGCAACGAGCGCGCUGGACGCCGAAGCCGAGGGCGCCGUGCAGGAGGCGCUGGAGCGUGCCGCGCACGGCCGCACCGUGCUUGUCAUUGCGCACCGCCUCAGCACCGUCGCUGGCGCCAACCUCAUCUGCGUGGUGGCCGGUGGAACGGUGCAGGAGAUGGGCACCCAUGCUGAGUUACUGAAGAAAGGGGGCCUUUAUGCGGAGCUCAUCAGACGGCAAAACAUGGAGCAACACAAGUAACGUGGUGGAUUCUUCCACCGUGGAAGAAGGGGGAGCAGCAAGUCUACGGUCGGCGUCAUGGCUUUUACUGUGGUACUGUGUUGCCAUUGGCAGAGAAAUCAAUGCAAAAGCAAUACUUCUAUUGAAUGCCAUAAUGUUAACCCUUUGGAGUGGGUCAUGUUUUACAAGACUGAUUUUAAUUAAAUGUCUAUAUUACUGUAAAAGGAGCUCUGUAUUCUUUGGGUCUUUCGGUAAAGUCACGUAGAUAGGGUCAAAGAAAAUAACAAAAAACUACGAUGUUUCGACCGCAACACAAGCGUUUUUUUUGUUAUUUUCUUUGAACCUAUUUACGUGAUUUGACCGAAAGACCCAAACAAUAUGAAUUCCUGCAGUCACGAAAGCUUUAAGUCAAAAUUUGUGAGCUCUGUAAUGACUUGUGGAAAAUGUUUCUGCUGUGCGCUUAUUACCAGAAGGGGGUGGUGUCUGUCCUAUUGCUGUUCUAAGUUAAACCGGCGUCUGUCAGAAUCUUUAUUUGGUCAGUCGGCUUUCAAAUCAACUUACACCCAAUUCUUCUCUGUCCUCCGUUAAAAAAACUGGGAUUGGCAAUGAUGCUGUACGAGUCACCUCAGCACAGUGGAAUAUCUUGGAAUGUAGUGAAAUGUUUAAGAAAGGAAUAUUGCACCACAAUUGUACUUUUAAUGGAAUACUGUAAAAGGUUUUUUUCAGAAUUGUUUGACACAAUCCAUAUUAAUUCUAGAUUUGAAGCUUUCGUGACUGCAAGGAGAUUCAUACUCUUAGGAUUUUUUCGGGUAAAGUCACAUAGGUAAAAAAUAAAUAAUAUUAAUUAUCUGUUGACAUAUUUGCACAUAUGUGGACCAGGAAUCAGGACUGUGACCAAUUAGAAAACAUUGUUUCUGAUUUGUACUUCAUAAGAAAAUAUGAUUUGGAAUUCUUUCUUUUUUAUGUCCAUCCUAGUACUGUAUAUAUGUAUACAAUCAAUGCAACAUUUGAGAUGAUUUACGAUGUACUACAUUACUGAAUAAGGGCAUUAUACAACACAAUGUGUUGAAGAAUUGUGCGAACUUGGAACAAAAAUGUGGCCAUUCGAGACAAAAAAUAUUAGUUGUCUGUGUGUAAUGGUGAAAUAUAACACGAUUGUAUCAAUUUAUUAUGCUAACGUUAACAGUUUUACUGUGGAAAUAAAAAUGAUCAAAGGCGUGCACUUGUUAAAAGUUUUUAAUUUUUGAAAUGAAAUUAAACAUUCAUAGUUACAGUUGAACACCUUUAAAUCAAUUUGGUCUUGUGACCCAGCCAGCCUACGAGCAUGCAUAUUGGCAAGGGAGGCACUUAAUUUUCAUCCAUUGAGCUUUGGCUCGUGUCUCUCUUUGAGAUGUUGGUGGCUGUUUUUUGUGAGAAAUGUUUUGGCGUUUUCGCAUUAAACCGAAACAUUCACCGCCUCUACUCGCUUACCCCCAGUAGAGGGCACACAUCUUCUUUGCCAGUGAAACAUUUCGGUUCUGUGCCAUGCAGGGUGAUCCAUUUUUUAUAUACCCCAGUGAUUUCUAAUUAGCUUUAUUCUCAACAAGUAAUUGAAUAUUGUCGAAGCGAUGGCGCCAUGUCUAUGUGCAUCAGGGUAAUGUUCAUGAACUUGAUAAGUGGAUUGAGAUUUGUUGAAGGCGUAUAUAGGCUUCCAAAUGAAACUGUUUCCUAAUUGCUCAUUUUAGUGGGAUAUCUAGAAAUGGAUGAUAAUAAGUGUAAUGUGAAAGUAAAAUAAAAAAGUACACACUACACAGCA